GUCGAACAGCGACCGGGAGUGAGCUGGGAAGUGCGCUGUGUCUUUAAAUCCUGCUGUGAAAGUUGGUCGCACUAGCUGACACCACCUCAGCCCGAUUUACACUUGGUUGCUGGUCCCGUUGCGGUAAUCAUGGCAGCUCCAGAAGGCUCCAGUCCAUCCAACAUGGCGGGCUCGAACCGCCGGCUGCAGCAGACCCAGGCGCAGGUGGACGAGGUGGUGGACAUCAUGCGCGUCAACGUGGACAAGGUCCUGGAGAGAGACCAGAAGCUGUCGGAGCUGGACGACCGGGCCGACGCGCUCCAGGCCGGGGCCUCCCAGUUCGAGACCAGCGCCGCCAAGCUGAAGAGGAAGUACUGGUGGAAGAACUGCAAGAUGUGGGCAAUUUUGAUAGCUGUGAUUCUGAUCAUCAUCAUUAUCAUCAUCAUUUGGAAUGUGUCCUAGAGCACCUGAGCCGAGGAAUGAAGUGACUCGGAGGAAGAGAGGUCCGCAUUCCAGCACUAAACUGUUCUAACCUGCUGAGAACCACAGCUCCUGUUUAUCUGUAAUAUACUGCACAGGUGUUGUUGUUGUUGUUUUUUUUUUAAUGAUUUUGAAUGUGGAUGAAUGGCCCUCGGGGCGUCUGAUUCAAGAAGUGCCUGUUUCACAAUUUUUUUGUUGUUUUUAACUACUGCUAAAUUUACACUCCAUCGUUCGCCUUGAGCACGGCCAAGCGCUGCUCGGCCAGCGUGGAGGUGAGCUGUCUUGCAGACGAUGUUGCCUGUCACUGCACCGUGGCCCGGCUACAGACCUUCACUGUAACACUGCUUCUGCGUAGACAUUAACACCGGGCAGAAGAAUAGAUCUGGGUUCCUGUUGCUACAAAUCUGCAACUUCAGAGUUCAUGGCAUGAUUUGAGUACAGCUUGACUAGGACAGAAGAGAAAAGUGUGUAGUUAACUCUUGCUUACCUGGCGUUUUUCCACUGCCUUGGAUGUUUCUCAGUCAUUUUUCUGGGAUUGGGUCAUCUGAAGAAACUCUUGAGAGAAGAAGUACAGGGGUGGGUGACACAGUAUCGUAAUUUCACCCAGAAGAACACAAUCACAGAAUCGUACUUAAGAUUCCAGACCUAUAAGCUGUCGGUGUAAAUCAGUAAUUGUGUAAAGGGUUUUACACAAUCAAUAUGCAUCGUUCUCUUCUGUCUUGGGUUUUAUUAGCCCUGUUCUAAGUAGUGAAACUUUCCUUUUUCAUAUGUCUGAGUUGAUUACACUUUGUGGUACAGGGUUAAGCAUUCAAAGGCACUGGUGAAGACCUUACUACCAAUUCUGUGUUUUUUAAACUUCCAUAAAACCAAAAUGCGCUACACAUCUUUUUUUUUUUUAAACCUUAUUUCAGUUAAACAUUAAAUGAUGCCGGUCUUACAUGAAACAUUACUUGCAGUUUGAAAAUCUGCAGCAGAAUUCUGCCCCUAUGAUUAAUUGUACUUUAGAAGUGAACCCUGUGUCUGGAGCAGCAGUGCACUGCUGGCUGAGCCCCUCCAGGCAGAGCACAGGAUCAAGCCCUGGGCACUAGUGAGCUUCAGAUGUCCAGUUGCACGAGUUAGGCCUCAGGGUGUUCCCUGCGUGUCAGAAAACCACAUGGCUCAGAGAGCUUACUGUGUCAAAGGAGCACGACCGCAGUUCCUCCUUCUCUCAGUGGGACAGGGGCAGUAGCACUGAACAAGACCGAUUAAUACUGGGGAAUUUCAGGAAAAAAAAAAGAAAAUAAAUUGCUGCUUCAGUUUUUAGUUUAAAGAGAAAAAAAAAACAUCCUUAUGGGUGCUUUCCAAGGUAAAAGCACCGUAGGCUAUCUUCUGACUGCCUUUGGCUGGCACAGUUCAAGGUGGCUCGAGUUGUCUGGGAGUCUGCAGGAGUCGGGGGGGCAGCAGUGACGGCUCUUGAGAGAGCCGCCAGAAACGCAGCCUGCCACGAUGGACAGAAUCGUCCAAACUGACAAGUUCCUUAGUGCCUUCAAAACACCCUCGUCUUAAGACCAGAAGGCAGCUCCACACGCACGGCUGUAACAGAACUGUUUCUCUAUGCGGUGUGGUUUCCUACCAGAUUGAACCACAUUUCUCAUUGCCACUGUCCGCAGAAUAAGGAACAGUUGUCGCCUCCCCUACAUGCUUGUAAAAGUGCCCGUGACCUCUGGAGCUGUCUUUCUGUAGUCAUUCCUGGAGUAGAAAGUGCCAAACAGGCCAGACCCUGGUCUUUGAAUGUUUUGUAUAAUACAAGUGCAAUUACUGGAAAUAUUUGCCUUAAAACUGUUAAGCACCAAACUUUGCUUGUGUUGUUGUAGCUUAAUAAAAUGGAUAACGCAUCAUGGAUUUA